UCACGAGAACCAUGCGUUGUUCGCUUGGCAUCGCAGGUUUUAGCAGUCAUUGCAAGUCAUUGCACCUCCUACGGUGACGAAGCGCCAAGACUUCUGCUCGCCAGUCAUGGACCUGAGCUUGUAAAAACUAUUUUUAUUCGGAUACAAAUGGAACUUAUUCGCGCAACCGUUGAAUCUCUUGCGGAAGUGUUAUUUUUCUUUGCGAAAGAAUUCUCUGCAGAAACCAGAGCAGUACUCAGAGGACUAGAGAAUGGUGAUUCCCCUCUCGUAGCAGCAAUGUUUAGAGAAGUUGGAAAUCUUCGAAACUUCAAGCAAAUGACCUUAAGGCUUAAUAUGGCCUCACUUAAGGAUAUACGUUCAUAA